CGCCCCUUACCUGGCUCGCUCGAGUCGACGGACAAACCAGUAAUCCUCUGAUUCCGACUGUGACAGCGGUUGUUGCUGUAAUUGCUCUUCUGACUGUACGAUAUCGGCACAUUACAAAGAUUUUGUGCCUUUCUAAAUUUGCAUGAUAAUUACACCAGACUGACGUUUGCUGCUCUCUCCGGCUUACUUAUUAACCGGUAACAAAACCACGGCCAGCUGACGGAACACUGAGCUUGUUAGCAGCAGCUAGCCCAGCUGUCUCUCCAGUCGAACUGCCCUUUGUCUUUGCAAGUUAGCUAGCUGGCAUUAUUUCUCCUCUUGGUUAGCUGUCACUGGCUUCUGUAAUUUUCUUUCGCCUGACAAGAGUUAAGCAAACCAAGAUAGGCGGCUUGGGAACCAAGAUGUCGAACCGAGUGGUGUGCAGAGAAGCAAGUCACGCCGGGAGCUGGUACUCUGCUUCGGGAUCCCAGUUGAACGCACAACUAGAAGGCUGGCUGUCCAAAGCAGAGUCCACGAUCAGACCUGCUAGAGCCAUCAUAGCGCCGCAUGCAGGGUAUACCUACUGUGGUGCUUGUGCAGCACAUGCCUACAAGCAGGUUGAUCCCACUGUUACUCGUAGGGUGUUCAUCCUGGGACCUUCACACCAUGUGCCCCUCUCCCGCUGUGCCCUGUCACCUGCAGAGAUCUAUAGAACACCUCUCUAUGACCUGAGAAUCGACCAGAAGGUUUAUGCUGACCUCUGGAAAACUGGGUUGUUUGAGCGGAUGAGUCUGCAGACAGAUGAAGAUGAGCACAGUAUUGAAAUGCACUUGCCUUACACUGCUAAAGCCAUGGAGAGCCACAAAGACGAGUUUAGCAUCGUUCCUGUGCUUGUGGGCGCCCUGAGUGAGUCCAAGGAACAGGAAUAUGGGAAGCUGCUCAGCAAAUACCUGGCAGACCCUUCCAACCUUUUCAUUAUCUCAUCCGACUUCUGCCACUGGGGUCAACGGUUCCGCUACACAUACUAUGAUGAAUCUCAUGGGGAGAUCUACAGGUCUAUCGAGCAUCUUGAUAAAAUGGGGAUGGGCAUUAUAGAACAGCUGGAUCCCAUGUCUUUCACCAACUACUUGAAGAAGUACCGCAACACCAUCUGUGGGCGUCACCCGAUUGGAGUGCUUCUAAAUGCUGUGGCUGAGCUGAGGAAGUCUGGUUUAGAAAUGAACUUCAGUUUCCUGAACUACGCCCAAUCAAGUGAGUGCAGGAACUGGCAGGAUAGCUCCGUGAGUUACGCUGCAGGGGCUCUCAUCGCUCAUUGAGGUCAACUUUCGCCAGCGCCACUGCCCCGCCCUUACUAUCUAUCGCCAUAACCUGACCCAGACACCCUCCCUCUCGCCCCGUCCCCAGUUAUGCCCACUAUUUGCAGAAAGGACCUAGACACUCAAAGCCAAUACAGUCUAAUUUCUCUGUCUCUCCCUCUGCUCUCCUCCGCCUUUCUCCACCCUCCUCUCAGUUUGAAGUGCGUCUCAGUUUUGGUUCAAAUAUUUUAGCUUGAAGUGCAGUUUUGAGAUCAUGUAGGAGCAAAUGGUUGGAGGAGAUAGGAAGAGAGCGUAUUAUUUUGGCUUGGAGUAAGUGUCAGAAGGGGGGGGGGGGAACAGUUUCAUAGGUAAUUACUACCAUUUCUCAACAUUUGUUGUAGUUGCUAACAAAGGGCUGCACCCAACAAAGUUCACUAACCCCCUACUGUACAAAACCAAAAACAUUAUUACCCUGUUUAUUAGCAGUUAUUCUUAUUUUAUUCCUUUUAUUUCUCCCUUUUUUAGUAGUUUUAUUAGAUGUGAUAGUAUUUACUCAAGUAGUGUGUAGAUUUGAACAAAAGCAAUGUCGUCGGUCAAGUUUGAAAGCCAUCAACGUGGUUUGCCCAAUAAAUUAGUGUGUGCAACACUGCUUCCAGAUUCCAAUUCUAUGCCUUUAGCAUUACAGAUGUUUUGUGAGGGCCAGACUCCAGUUGUGCUUCAGAAUUGUAAUCAAAGCUGGAUAUUGUGUAAAUUACUCCCAACACUGACACCUCUAGACGUUGUUUACACUGCCUCCUUCAAUCUCUGUGGUUAUUGAAUUAUCAAUAGAUUGGAGCGACUAGUAGAAAAAUGAUUUUGUUACAUUCAGUUCUGUAACAGCAGCAACGCGUUUGUUUUGGCCUGAAUAAAGUGGUAAAGGCCUAGAUGAUCUGCUUAAAUUGUUGGAACUGUUAUUGAAUCUGUUCACUAGGUAUUAAUUUACAAAUCUUUGUGUUAAUAUGUUUUUAUUUAAGAAUGCCAAAAGUUAUUGGGAAGAUAGAAGUCAUCCUUACUUAAAGGUUUUCUUUCCAGUGUUGUUGCUUUUGGGUGUAUGAGAAUUCACUUCCAAAUGGCUCUCGAGGCAGUAGGAGUAUCAAUUAGACAAGGUUAGCUAAAGCAAGUCAUAGAUGGCCCAAGUUUUAAGAUCAGCACAAAGUGUUAAUGCUCUGCUAGAAGGUUUAAGAAUAUACCCAGAAAAGUGACAGUUGCUCCCUGCUGUAUUUUUGAAAAAACAAACAAACAUGAAUAUUUACUUUAUGAAAUGUCAAGCACGAGGAUCACAAUUAUCAACAAAAGAAAAGGUUUCUUUCCUUUUCAAAGUAAUAUGCUAUGUAGUCCUGCUGCCUGCAAUACUUUUUAACAGAUUAACAAACAAAAAGCUGAUGAUUCAUAAUGGCAGUAUAGUCUUUUAAUGACCGUAAGAUAUAGGCAGCACACAAUGUCUGCUGUCCUGUCGUUUUGGUAUUUGAAUAUCACUGACUGACUUUUACUGAUGCAGUCCUCUUAACAUUGGUCCGUCCCUCUCGGUACCAUAAGAGGCGUCGCACUUAGCAUUAAGCUACAAUGUCUGGUUGGACCAAGUGGGCACAGACUAAGAGAUGAAUCCUCAGACUCACUUAAACUCUGACACUAAUUUUAAGGGAAACUAGUAAAGCAUGACACACUGUGCUAUUGUGCCUUUUAUCACUGUUACACAUAUACAUAUAAAGUGUAUUCUCACUUUUAGUCUUAUUUUAGAAUGUGUACUUUCAGAUUUUGUUUUUCCACAUGCACCCUCCUCCUGGGCGAGUGCCCAACAAUGUAUCCAGCUCACCCGGCACUCCAGGAGUGUGUGACCUGUCCCCCCCCCCCCCCCUCAUCUGUUGGUCUAAAAUGGCACCAACUGUUAUCUCCUUUAUCCAGCAGGGAGUGGUGUUCUCUUUUUUUCCACCUCAUUCCUGUAGAGAGACAAACGGCUGAACCUCAGCACUGUUCAUUUUAUGGAUCUUUGUCUUUCAGAAAUGUUUUUUGUAUUAUUAUUUUUGUCUUGCUUAGAAAAUGGGAACUUACACGUCACAAACCUAAAAUAUACUACUUAACUACUCCCUAAAUGGAGUUUUUUUUAUCUCAGGUUCCACUGACAAAGCAUCCCAAAAGGCUCUUCAGAUAAGGCCUCGGAUUCAUGUUACAAAACAAGUAAAAUGUACUGAAAAGCA